GAGUUCAAUAUCCCAUCAAAACAGCAAUCAGUCCAAAAACAAACGAAUCAGAGUUGGAGAAGGAAACAACAGUUUCAAGAUAUCGACAAACGCAAAAUCGUGGUUUUGUUCAGCCUGGUGAGUUGCGGUGAAGUUUGGAUUGUGGAGUAGUGAAUUGGGGUUUUGAAUCCGAAACGGCGCCGUUAGAUGGCGCUAUUCAGAAGGUUGUUCUACCGGAAGCCGCCUGACCGGCUUCUUGAGAUUUCCGAGAGGGUCUAUGUGUUUGAUAGUUGCUUCUCCACCAAUGUACUUGACGAAGAUGAGUACAGAACAUAUAUGAAUGGAAAUGUUGCUCAGUUACAGGACCACUAUCCCGAUGCUGCUUUUAUGGUUUUCAAUUUCAAAGGAAGAGAAAAAAGGAGCCAAUUGUCCGAUGUGUUAUCUCAGUAUGAUAUGACAGUAAUGGAUUACCCUCGGCAGUAUGAAGGGUGUCCGUUGUUACCACUGGAGAUGAUUAACCAUUUCCUGCGUUCAAGUGAGAGCUGGCUGUCGCUUGAGGGCCAACAGAAUGUGCUUCUAAUGCACUGCGAAAGGGGAGGAUGGCCUGUCCUCGCCUUUAUGCUUGCAGGCCUUCUUCUGUACAGGAAACAGUACACGGGCGAGCAGAAGACACUUGAAAUGGUGUACAAACAAGCACCGAGGGAACUUCUUCAUCUAUUGUCUCCUUUAAAUCCACAACCGUCUCAGCUCAGAUAUCUUCAGUACAUCUCUAGAAGGAAUAAUGGGUCCAACUGGCCACCGGCAGAUACACCUCUGGCUCUGGAUUGUAUUAUUCUUAGGAUCCUUCCUUCAUAUGACGGUGGAAGAGGAUGCCGGCCCGUAUUCCGUGUAUAUGGUCAGGAUCCUACUUCAAAAACAUCUACUAGAAGUUCGAAGCUUUUGUUCUCAACCUUGAAAGUCAAAAAGAAAAUCCGCUUCUAUCAACAGGAAGAGUGUGAGCUAGUAAAAAUUAAUAUCCGUUGCCGUGUUAAAGGAGACAUUGUUCUUGAGUGCAUCCACUUGGAGGAUGACUUGGUGAGAGAAGAGAUGAUUUUUAGAGUGAUGUUCCAUACAGCAUUUGUCCGAUCAAACAUUUUGACGCUAAACCGCGAUGAAGCUGAUGUUCUUUGGGAUGCCAAGGAUCAGUUCUCUAGGGAAUUCAGAGCAGAGGUACUCUUUUCGGAUGCAGAUUCUGUUCAUUCCAUUGUAAACACAGAAGAAGCUGAAAGUGAAGAUGGAAAUGAAACAGAAAAUGCUGGAGCUGAGGAAUUCUUCGAGGCGGAAGAGAUAUUCAGCAGUGCAGUUCAUGCUCAUGAUGGCAAGGUGGAGUCAGAACCAGAAUCUGAUGACUAUGCAGUUAUCACAGGUUCUGAGGUCAACGAGAGUACUCAGGAGGUAGCUGUGAAGGGCGAUUCAGAUCAUUAUGCAUUUGAAGAUUGUGUGUCUGAUGAGGGAAUUCAGAGGCGUAGUGGGAAUGCUAAAGUAGAGUCUGUACUUCAGACUGAUAAAGAAGCUACUAGUGCUGAAACAAAAUCUAUUAACGGUGGAACGGGUGAUGAGUGUGAAGAUGAAAAAGAAGACGAGCAAGGGGAAGAAGCUCCUCGGGUAAUUAAGUAUCUCGAAGAGCAGGCCCAUGAACAGAGGCUUAUGGCUGAUAGUAAUAAGCCAAAGUUUGAUAGAAGCCUCUCGAGUGUAUCUAAAAAGCCACCAAUUUCACGAUCUGCUUCUGAUGCAAUCACUACCAACAACAAAUCUAAGCUGCCAGAGUCGCAGAGCACUCCAGCUAGAGUGGCAAAACCAAAUGCUGUAUCGAAGUGGAUACCUACUAAUAAAGGUUCUUACACUAGCUCAAUGCAUGUGUAUUAUCCUCCAUCAAGAAAUAACAGUGCUCCGGCAUCACUAACUCUUGGCAAAGAUUCUAUGCCUGGAGGGAAAUCUAAGCCUCCCUUGGUAAUUUCAUCUUCACCAUCUGCUACAACUGACAGAGGUACUGCAUCAGGCCAUUCCAAGCAUGUAUCUAGCCCAUCAUCACUAGACGCAUCACUGGCUUCUGCCCCGUCUCUACCUUUACCCUCAGAGGUGGGAGGUGAAGCUGAACAUGGUACAGAAUCUCCACCACCUUCAGAUAUACCCCAGCAAUUGCCUCCUCCACCACCGCCGCCCCCACCUCCUCGGCCUAAUGUGCAGAAUAACAGUAGAGUGUUGCCGCCUCCACCACCUCCUCCACUCCCGUUCUCAGCUGGGAGUACAUGGCAUGUACCUUCAGGAGUAUCAAGUUCUCCUCCACCUCCACUCCUUAUUUCAGCAUACUCUGAAAGAUCUUCUAGCAUAAGAAAGCCCUCCCCACCUCCGCCACCUCCUCCGCCACCACCUCCCAUGAAUGAGCUUCCUUCUAUUCAAUCACAUAGUGAUUCGCCUCUUCCCACAGUCCCACCUCCUGCUCCACCACCUCCUUUUUCACGUGGUGUACCCCCACCUCCUUCUCAUGCAUCUCCACCACCUCUACCACCUCGUUCUCCUUUGUGCAGUGCUCCACCUCCAUCACCGCUUCCUCCUCCUGGUGCAUCUGGUAUACCAGCACCUCCACCACCUCCUGGACGUGGAUUGCCUGCUCCACCACCUUCUGGACGUGGAAUGCUUGCUCCACCGCCUCCACCACCACCUCUGAGACAGCCUGCGCCACCUCCCCCUCCCCCUAGUGGAGCUCCAGCACCUCCACCUCCUCCUACACGUGGAUCCCCAAUUCCACCUCCCCCACCUUCAACUCGUGGCCCUCCACCACCUCCACCCAUAGGAGGUCGUAUGCCUGGUCCACAAACACCUCCAGGACCUUCAGGAGGUGCCCCACUCCCACCUCCCUCGUUUGGGGCAAAAGGACCUGCAACAGAUAGUAAAGGGUUGCUUGUUGGUAGAGGGCGUGGGCUUUCACGUCCAAUGGCAACAGCAGCUCGAAGACCUACCUUAAAGCCACUUCAUUGGAGCAAGGUAACCAGGGUAUUACAAGGAAGCUUGUGGGAAGAACUACAGAGAUUCGGGGAUUCUCAAGUUUCACCAGAAUUUGACGUUUCAGAACUCGAGAUCCUUUUCUCUGCCACAGUACCAAAGUCAAGUAUAGGAGGAAAAGCUGGGAGCCGCAGAUAUUCUACUGGAUCUAAGACUGAAAGAGUCCAUCUGAUUGAUCUGAGGAGAGCCAACAACACUGAAAUUAUGCUUACAAAAGUGAAAAUGCCCCUUCCGGACAUGAUGGCUGCAGCACUUGCAAUGGAUGAAUCAAUUUUGGAUGCUGAUCAAGUCGAAAAUCUCAUUAAGUUUUGUCCAACUAAAGAAGAGAUGGAACUUCUUAAGGGCUACACAGGAAACAAGGACAAUCUGGGGAAGUGCGAACUGUUUUUCCUGGAGAUGAUGAAGGUUCCACGAGUUGAAUCUAAGUUACGGGUUUUCUUAUUCAAGAUCCAAUUCAUCUCUCAGGCUUCUGAUUUCACGAGAAGCUUGAAAACUGUAAAUUCAGCAUGUGAUGAGGUUCGGGGGUCCUUCAAACUGAAAGAAAUUAUGAAAAAGAUUUUACACCUUGGAAAUACUUUAAACCAAGGAACUGCUAGAGGUUCUGCUCUUGGAUUCAAAUUAGACAGUCUCCUGAAACUCACAGAUACACGUGCAUCCAACAACAAGAUGACGCUCAUGCAUUAUCUUUGUAAGGUGCUUGCUGCAAAGACACCAGCACUUUUAGACUUUCAUGAAGAUCUUGUUAGCUUAGAGGCUGGCUCUAAGAUACAAUUGAAAUCUUUGGCAGAAGAGAUGCAAGCCAUUCUCAAAGGCAUAGAGAAGGUGAAGCAGGAAUUGGUUGCUUCGGAAAAGGAUGGUCCCGUAUCUGAAACUUUUCGCAAGACAUUGAAGGAAUUUGCCACUGUUGCUGAGACCGAUGUUGCAUCUGUGAUGCAUCUCUAUUCUCAUGCGGGGAGAAAUGCAGAUGCACUAGCUCUAUAUUUUGGCGAGGACCCUGCACGAUGCCCUUUUGAACAAGUCAUUGCAACCCUCUUGAACUUUGUCAGAAUGUUCCGCAAAGCUCAUGAAGAAAACAGCAAACAAGCUGAAUUAGAAAAGAAGAAAGCUCGGAAGGAAGCUGAAGUGGAGAACGCCCAAGGAUUAACUCGGUCAAAGAGAGCGAGAAACUGAGUUGAAUGCUUUUUAAUGGGUCCAUAUGGCUGUUCCCAGUGAUCAUCAGCCUAUGCUCGUCUACUAUAUUUUACUGCAGACGCUGGAGGAUGCAGUCAACGAGCCCUCAGUUUGCUGGAAAUGUGGUGCAGAGAGUGAUGUCGAGCCAUCACAAAACCUGAAACUGUAGAGAGAAGGAAAUAUGAGAAAGCCUGGUGGCGAUUGGGUGCUGAUCUCAUCGAAGAUUUCUUCAUCAGAGGUACGUGUUGAGCCCUCACAUGUCUUGAAACUCCGUUGCACGCUGACAGGUUGGACUACUGAGAAAUAUGCACAUCGCCAGAUGAAACCUGUACAUAAAUGCUAACCCCUCAUCUUAGAUUUAACACUAAUUCUUUGAUGUAGUUAUAGAUAUCGAUUUUGUUCCUCGCGUGGAACCUUUGAUGAAAUGCGUCCUUGCAUAGAUACGGAGUCAAGAGGAUAUAUAGAAGUAUAUAGUCGUAAGACUCGUAGAUAGUGAUGAUCUAGUCCGUCAUAGGUUUUUUGGUCUCGUCUGUUUCAAAUUCGGUUUCUAGAAUUGGAUAAUUCAUUCAUUAGUGAGCAUUACGAGCUACA